AUGAACAAGACGUUCCUGCUGGGUCUUUCUGCCCUGCUCUGCUGCUUCAGAGAAAUCAUCCAGUGUCGCUUGUGCCACAUCCAGUUUCCCGGAGAAAAGUGCUCCCGAGGUCGAGGAGUAUGCACAGGGACCAAAGAAGAUGCCUGCAUCACUGGGAAGAUUUUUAAGAAUGAUGGGACUCUCUGGCUGACCUUCAUGGGUUGUGAAAAGAACUGUGCUAACGUGAAUGAUGUCAGAUGGAGUGUCUUUCUGGUGAACUUCCAGUGCUGCCGGAGCCAUGACUUGUGCAACGAAGAUCUCUAA